AUGGAGAAACACAAUCGUUUAUAUAUUUCUAUCGCAGUCUAUCUAUCUAUCUAUCUAUCUAUUUCAGUUUGUUCAUAUCAAUCUAUAUGUACUUACAUGCUUAUCUAUCUAUUAUCUAUCUAUCUAUCUAUCUAUCUAUCUCAGUCAUUUGUUCAUAUCUAUCUAUCUAUCUAUCUAUCUCAGUCAGUUGCUAUCUCUUUAUUUCAGUUUAUUCAUAUCAAUUUUGUUCAUAUGCUAUCUAUCUAUCUAUCUAUCUUAGUCAGUUCCUAUCUAUUUAUUUCAGUCUGUUCAUAUCAAUCAAGAUGUACUUACAUGCUUAUCUAUCUAUCUAUCUAUCUAUCUAUCUAUCUAUCUAUCUAUCUAUCUCAGUCAGUUGUUAUUUAUUUAUUUCUUUUUGUUCAUAUCUAUCUAUAUGUACUGACAUGCUUAUCUAUCUAUCUAUCUAUCUAUCUAUCUAUCUAUCUAUACUGUUCAUAUCUAUCUAUCUAUCUAUCUAUCUAUCUAUCUCUGACACAUUCUUUAUCUAUCUAUCUAUCUAUCUAUCUAUCUAUCUAUCUAUCUCUGACGCAUUCUGUUCAUAUUUAUCUAUCUCUGACGCAAUGUUCAUAUCUAUCUAUCUAUCUAUCUAUCUCUGACGCAAUCUGUUCAUAUCUAUCUAUCUAUCUAUCUCUGACGCAAUUCUGUUCAUAUCUAUCUAUCUAUCUAUCUAUCUAUCUAUCUAUCUAUGACGCAUUCUGUUCAUAUCUAUCUAUCUCUGACGUAAUAUUCAUAUCUAUCUAUCUAUCUAUCUAUCUAUCUAUCUAUCUCUGA